UAUUCGUUUUACGUUUUUAUCAGUAACAAGCAUUGUUUAGAAGUUAUAAGGGAUAUUGCCUGAUGAAAAUAUUCACAAUGCAGUGCAAUUUUGUUCGGUGUUUGAUCUUUCUCAGUGGAAUCCUGUGUGUAACCUCUACUAUGGGGAAUAAUUCAUUAGACAAUUCUAAGUCCUUGCCUUCUACAACUUCAAGAAAAACAGCCAAUUCUCUUAGAAAUAUUCUGAGUAAAGAAAGACUAGUACGCGUCUCAAUGGAACAGAAAAUGCAAAAAUUAGUUUUGGAUGUGAUGGAUAAUAAACAUUUUAUUUCAAAUGUGAUGAAAAGUCUUGAUGAUAUCACAAAAACAUUGCAAACUUUUGAAGCAAGACACCAGGAAAGGGAUGAAGAGAACUCAAAACUUAGGGAAGAAUUGAAAAUCAUGCGCUCUGCAAUGUGUUACACUAAAACCCUGACAAGUGACAAUAUAUAUUCCUUAAAUAAAACAGAGAUAUCACUUUCUCGGGAAGAAAAUUCGUCUCUUCAGAAAGACAAUCAUAAACAAAUUCUGGAAAAUGCAGACAAUAAAACAGAACUGGAUGGUAUCAUUGAAACUAACAAGACAAUAAACGACUCAGGAUGUAUGCAGUUAAAAGCCGAAUUCAAACUGAUUAAGGAAAAUGACUUGAACAGUUUAAAAAAUGCAACUUCUUUACAUGAACAGAAAUAUGAAAGUCUGUCAAAAAAAAACGACGAUAUACAGAAAACAUUAUUUAAAAUAAACGAAACAAUAUUCGAAGAAAAAAACGCAGAAGACUUUAAUACUCGUUUAAUUUUAAACGAAGGAAACUUUGUGUCUUUCUCGACCUUUGUCAAUGCAACAAUUCAACGAAUUUUAGAGGGUCAAAGCAAUGUUUACAAACAACUGAUGGGCAUAUCGGGGAAAUUACAGUCUCCUUCGAUCGUUAGUGGUAUUGCAUUUUAUGCCUACAUGGCUCAAAAUACAGAUAAAAUAUCUGGCAGGCGUAAUCUGAUAUUUGAUGUCGUCAGAACUAACGUUGGAAGCGGAUAUAGGUCUGGCACGGGAGUAUUCACUGUUCCAGAAACUGGACUUUAUGUGUUUACUUGGACAAUACGAUGCAAUGAAAAAAGUUCCCACUCGACACAGUUGAUGGUGAAUUAUGAUAAUCUAGGAGUAAUUCAUACUUUUGUCAGUCGUUUUUCCGACAUGGCAGGGACAGGAAUCGUAGUUGCACGCGUCACGAUAGGAGACAGGGUCUUUGUUAGAACACAUUUAUAUUGGAAUUCUGGAAUAAUUGUCAGUAACAAGGCAGGGAGGUCAUCAUUUGCUGGAUGGAAAAUUGCUUGAGCAUUAUUCCUUUAGAGGGAAAUGACAUUCAUUUGAUCGUAUUUUUACGAACCUGGCUGCCUGUCUAAAAAAUACAAUUUCUAUAUUAGAUUGAUUAAACCUACAUUAGUUAGUAUUACUUACAUUACUAAUGUUAUCCUAAAAUUGAAUGCUCACCGACAGUUUUAAAUAUAUGUUUGUUUUUUUUAAAUUAAAAGAUAUACCAGUAUUCAUCAUAAACACAACUGUGAAACAUUGCAGCAGGUUUACAACAUCCACCAGUCUUUGGCUAUUUGACCAAUCAUGACCUAUUUCUGCUACAAACAUAAUCUUGACUAAUAUACAUUUAUACUACCAAAAAUGAGCUGUCACUUCUACAAAUAUAUGCAUGACUAGUAUAAAAUACUACCAAAGGAGAUGCUACUGUUGAAACAUAUUCAUAACUAGAAUACAGUAGCGCAAAAAGAGUGUUACUAAUUCAACGUAUUCGUAUCGUAUAUGAUAUAAUACUGCCAGAA